AUUGUCUACGUUUAUUUUUUUCAGAAUUUGGCGCGAGGUCGAGUUCAGUCAACGUCACUCCGGAUCGAGUUGAUGACUUGUGGGCACCACUGCUUCGAGAAGACGCUCUAAUUAAUGCUGGAUUAUGCUUCCUGUUUGCAAAGAAAGCCGCUGAAGCAUAUCAUGUCGAUGACAGUGGAAACAACAGUGUCCGGCGUACUCCCCUGCCCCACCCACUUCGCCCAGGCCGAACAGUCCUUCUCCCUCAAAAAGCGACGCCUGCCUCGCUCCUCGUCGUCCACGUCCAACUCAUCGGUGUCAUCCCCUGCUCAGCUGUCACACUCUCUUCCGCCGCUACCUCCGUCCAAAGAGUGUCGAUCUGUGAGCCGCGUUUUCCUCCAGAAGACAACCCCUUGGAAACCCCUGUCUUCCUCUCUCAGCCAGUCGCCCCCUCCGAGGUCUGUGUAUGACCCCGAAAAGCGCCAGUCGUAUUUCGAUCAGUGCUUCACGACUCUGAGCUUGCUGGGAAGGGGUUCUUUUGGUGAAGUUUACAAGGUGCAAAGUAUCCAGGAUGGACGGCAGUAUGCUGUCAAACGCUUUGUCCAUCGCUACAGAGGGAGCAGUGACAGGAACCGCAAAGUAAAGGAGGCAACAGACCACGAGCGUGUUUGUCCGCACCCUCACAUCCUCAACAUGGUAGCAGCCUGGGAGGAGCGUGGACGGCUUUACAUCCAGACAGAACUGUGCCGCACCAGUUUGCUGCUCCAUGCUGAAAACCAGCCUCCUGGUCACGAUGAGGCUGCAGCAUGGGACUACCUGUGCGACCUUCUCGCAGCGCUGGACCACCUGCAUUCCCGCGGUUUUGUUCAUCUGGACAUCAAGCCUGCAAACGUUCUCAUCACAGAUUCGGGGUGCCUCAAGCUGGGGGACUUUGGGCUUCUGCUGGACCUCAAAGGGAACACCUCAGAUGUAUUGGCAAAGAAAGUGAAAGAAUACGACCACGGAGGAGAUCCAAGGUACAUGGCACCUGAGCUGCUACAGGAUGAGUAUGGACCUGCUGCAGAUGUUUUCAGUUUGGGUGUUUCCAUUCUGGAGCUUGCCUGCAAUAUUGAGGUUCCCAACGGUGAAGAGGGCUGGCAGCAACUCAGACAAGGAUGCCUCCCUCCGGUCACAAGGGGGCUUUCAGCAGACCUCCAGAAGGUUCUACAGAUGAUGCUAGCUCCGGAACCUUCUGAAAGGCCCACAGUGUCUGAGCUUCUCGCCCUCCCCUCAGUGAGGAAACGCAGGUGGAAGAGACGUGUUUAUCUUAUAUUUGCGGAAACUAUGCUGACUUUGACGCUGUUCUGUCAGAUGGUGAUGAACUUUGGUCGCCGGCUUCUUUCAUCAUUUAAUUUGCCGCUCCUCCCUGGGUGGAGCAAGCCGGCACCCUGCACUCCUCCCAGAGACCACUGGGACAAGGAGAUAACACUGCCCUGCAGCGCCAUGCAGGACAACAUCUCAGACGAUGACGGUGCAUUCAUGGUGGAACCCACGGGACUUGAACAUCCCCCCACAGAUUUGCACAGCAGGAUGGAAGUCAUGAAGAGUACAUUCACCCCACCCUUACGUUGCCCAGCACAUGAUCAACUGAGCCCAUCAAAGACCCCCAGUGGCCUAAAUCCCUUUGACUGGUCCCCCUGUAAUGGUUCGCACACACCCUCCAGCAUCCGAUCCAGCGACUGCCACACAAUGACGCCCUCUUACAGCCCCUGUCACUCAGAGCUGCACACAGACAGGCUGAACGUAUCCUCCAGGCAGAGCAGACAUUCCUCACAGAGGCAUAAUCGCACUUGGAUCCACUCCGAAGAAGCUCUAUCUCGAUCCAGUUUCGAACCAAAGAACCUACUCUGUCUCUUUGAGGAAACCGUGAAGGAUGGACAGCCGUGACUUAUAAAAACCGACAGUAUUUAUAGAGUGGAUUUGGACCUGAUGAGCAACUGAAGCACGUUGACUUUCUUCUCCCUCUUUUAGCAUGUGUGUGUUUAAAAAAAAAACAUGUUUAGAGCAAGGCACACUUCAAAGCAUGGUUUGUGUUCCUAUAAGUGCAAUUUGUAAUAUACAAGUUUAUUGGUUCAUUUGUCAUAUUUGAGUUGUAACCACUUUCAAAAAGAUGAACCGUUUGUUGAUUGUUUGAUGUGUAAGAUUUUUUUUUCUAUUCUGCAUAUUUGGCCACACUUUAAAGCAUGUUUUUUGUUCCUAUGAGUGCAAUUUGUAAUAUACAAGUCAUGAUUCAUUGUUUGAGUUGUGAUAUCUGAGUUGCAACUACUUUCAAAAAGAUACAUUGCUGCUAAUGUCUUCUGGUUAAGAUAUACAGCUUUACCAGUAGGUGGCAGCAAAAGGCAAAUAAUUGUUUUGUUCUCCUGUACAGUGAUUUAUGUACACACCAGAUUUUGAAAUAUAACACCCAAAUGAAUCAUUUUAGUGUACUUGUAAUUACA